GUUUGGCCACGGUCCAGACGUAUAAAUCUUUGUCCCGCCUUGCUCAAAGGUGGCAUCCAAGUACUUCUCAGUGGUCAGUGGGUCAACUGUGUGGACAUAACAGCACACCACUUCUUCUCUUGUAUUUUCUAUUAUAACAAGCAUACAGAAUGAGGGAAAUCGUACACAUUCAGGCCGGUCAGUGCGGUAACCAGAUUGGGGCCAAGUUCUGGGAGGUGAUCAGCGAUGAACAUGGCAUCGACCCCACAGGCACCUACCAUGGAGACAGCGACCUGCAGCUGGACAGGAUCAGUGUCUACUACAACGAGGCUUCAGGUGGCAAGUAUGUACCCAGAGCUGUCCUAGUGGACCUGGAGCCCGGCACCAUGGAUUCUGUCAGAUCCGGACCCUUCGGACAGAUCUUCAGACCAGACAACUUUGUGUUUGGUCAGAGCGGUGCCGGAAACAACUGGGCAAAGGGCCACUACACUGAGGGAGCAGAGUUGGUGGACUCAGUCCUGGAUGUGGUGAGGAAAGAGGCUGAGAGCUGCGACUGCCUUCAGGGCUUCCAGCUCACCCACUCCCUGGGUGGGGGCACUGGCUCGGGCAUGGGCACCCUGCUCAUCAGCAAGAUCCGUGAAGAGUACCCUGACCGCAUCAUGAACACCUUCAGCGUGGUGCCCUCCCCGAAAGUGUCGGACACUGUGGUGGAGCCUUACAACGCCACGCUCUCGGUUCACCAACUUGUAGAGAACACAGACGAGACCUUCUGCAUUGACAACGAGGCUCUCUACGACAUCUGCUUCCGUACCCUCAAACUCACCACGCCAACUUACGGAGACCUAAACCACCUGGUGUCGGCCACCAUGAGCGGGGUCACCACCUGCCUGCGUUUCCCCGGACAGCUCAACGCCGACCUCCGUAAAUUGGCUGUCAACAUGGUGCCUUUCCCCCGUCUCCACUUCUUCAUCCCCGGCUUCGCCCCCCUCACCAGCAGGGGGAGCCAGCAGUACCGUGCCCUCACCGUGCCGGAGCUCACCCAGCAAGUGUUCGACGCCAAGAACAUGAUGGCCGCAUGUGACCCGCGUCACGGUCGCUACCUCACUGUUGCCGCUGUCUUCCGUGGCCGCAUGUCCAUGAAGGAGGUGGACGAGCAGAUGCUCAACGUCCAGAACAAGAACAGCAGCUACUUCGUUGAAUGGAUCCCCAACAACGUCAAGACCGCCGUCUGCGACAUUCCUCCAAGAGGCCUCAAAAUGGCAGUCACCUUCAUCGGCAACAGCACGGCCAUCCAGGAGCUGUUCAAGCGUAUCUCUGAGCAGUUCACCGCCAUGUUCCGCCGCAAGGCCUUCCUCCAUUGGUACACCGGAGAGGGCAUGGACGAGAUGGAGUUCACUGAGGCAGAGAGCAACAUGAACGACCUGGUGUCUGAGUACCAGCAGUACCAGGACGCCACCGCUGAGGAGGAGGGUGAGUUUGAGGAGGAGGCUGAGGAGGAUGCUUAAAGACAGAGUGAAGCAACACGAGCGGGGUGGAAGAAAAUAACAAAAUACCACAAAAAGAGGAAAACAAGAAAAGUGCCAAAAGAAAACCUGAGAGGAGGAGACCAACCGCCCAGAAAUGGAGGAUCAAAUCUGAAAAUGGCUGAAAUGGCUCAACGAGAACAGAAUGAAUGAAGAAUGUGACUGGACAAGGGAGAAUGAAUGUAAGUAAGGGAGGAGGAGAGGAGUGACAAGCAGCAUUAUGAACAAAUAAACCAGACACAGUCUGCAUUCCAUUUACUGUGACACCAUUAAUAAAUGAGUAAGUUAAGAAACAAAAUUGUUGAAAGAAAGUUAAAGUAGAAGCCUGUGCCUAUGAAAAGAUUGUUCCUGUUAUUUUCAGUGUUAUUUUUGUUGUAAGCACUACAGGACCUCUCACCCCACAGAUGGAGUUCUGAUUUUGAGACUAUGGUUAUCUUAUAGCCUGGUCCCAGAUCUGUUGGUGCUGUCUUGCCUCCAACUUCUAUGGUCAUUGCCAUGUCAUUGGCAAACAGAUCUGGGAUCAGAUUAAUUAACUUCUGAACGGGGGCUUGAUUCUUGCCUGACUUUAAUGAAUGUGUCUGUGCCACCUGGAGCCACCCUCACCCGGACGCCAACCAACGUCCGCUAAUACAGGAUGACACAGACAAAGGUGGGAUGAAAUGAAUUAAUGGAUUUAGUUUGAUAGUGCCAAUGGAGCUUUAUAACAAACAACAAUAUCAUGGCAAUGUUUUGGGUUCUACCAGUAUUAUCAAUCUCAAUGAUAGUGGAACUGGAACAUAAUGGGGAGAGGUCCAGGAAUUUCAUUCCAUUUGACCAUAGCAAGGUUUUGAAACAAAUUAUCUGAAGGAACCUCUGCAAAUGUGUGUGUACAUUUGUUUACAUUUUGAACCACUAUUCAAAUAGAUGCCAUUGUUAUUUUAGGUCCAAGCCAGGUCAUCUAUAUGUCCAAACCCGGCUAUAGUGUCAGGUAUUGUUGACAUCUGUACUGCACUAUGAAGGGCUGAACCUGCAACUCUCUUGUAUAUGUUUUUUUUUCUUCUUUUUUCUAUUCUGAUUAUUAAAAAAUGUAUCUCUGAGAAAGUGAAAAGCAAGGUGCCUCUGUGGAGAAAUAAAAAGUCAUUUUUAGAAAA